CAGAGCUGUGACCACCAAGGGUUCAGUUGGUGCCUUAAAAAUGAACGGUUUUUAUGUAACAGUGUCGAUACCGCUGCUUCUAGUGCUAGCUGGAUUCAAUAAUGCACAUGGACUGACGACGUUCGGGAAAACGAACAACCAAGGAAAUCAAGCCCCAACUGCACAAGGCAGAACCUGUACAAGUCAAAAUCAAUGCACCACGAUCAAAGGAACUACCUGUUUAAGAGGAUUUUGUCUAUGUGGGGACAAUUCAAAUCCAAUUAACGGAAAAUGCAACGUCCAAUAUAAGGGUCCUAGACACGUUUGUGAAAAACACGAGGACUGCAUAGAUGGGGCGGAUUGUCUACCGAAAGAAAAAAAUAAGCCAUUGUCAAGUACCACAACAUCACCUGCUGAUAUGAUAUGCCAGUGUCAGGAAGGAUUAAUAGAAAAUGGGCAUGAAUGUGCUGGUGGAGGUAAAUUUAGUAUUCUCCCUGCCCUAGUAUUAAUUAUAAUAGCAUCAAUAUCUAGAAUCAUGAACUGAAUUAAUUAAUGCCGAC